ACUUGGAAUUGCUCAUUAGUUUGGCAGUGUAGGACUCUUUGAUUCUGAAUAUGAAAUAUACAUCUAGUUGCCAGGCCACUUUUCUUAACAGAUUUGUUUCUAAAUCAUGUUUUUCUAAGUAAAAAUUGCCAUUCAAGUGCUCAAUAAAAUAAAUCACAUUUCGGGCGCAAAACAAACGUCCGUCACCUGAUGAUGGACGCUUGUGCGGACGCUUGUGCUGCGCCCGAAACGUCGUGAUUUAUUUUAUUUUAUACCUACGCGACUUUAUCGAAAGAACCAAAGAGUAUGGAUUCCUGAAGUCACGAAAGCUUCAAAUCAAGAUGAUACCUCAGACAAUGGAAGAGAAUGAUAACAAAGGGAAUUGCCAGCUUCAUGAAUACAAAGGCGUUUCCUUCCCUACCAAAAUACACACACCAGAAAGCUUGCAGUACAUGGAAGAUUUUGACGUGCGUGACGAUGACGUCUUUGUGGCGGCUUAUCCCAAAUCAGGCACCACAUGGAUGCAGGAGAUAACGACGCUGAUUCUGAGCGGAGGAGAUUUAACUCCGGUGAACACCAUACCCAACUGGAAAAGGGUGCCUUGGGUGGAGAACAUCAGUGGAAAAGGAUUUCUUGAAAACUGCCCCUCUCCACGCCUGAUCUCGACCCACGCACCAUACUCCAUAGCACCAAAGAAGCUCAAAGAGGGCAAGGGAAAGGCCAUCUAUAUUACUCGAAACCCUAAGGAUAUUAUGGUGUCACUUCUUCACUUUUCAAAGUUUGUACGGUUUUUUGCCGAUAUCGGAACUCUUGAAGAAUGUUUCCGAAAUUUUGUCAGCAAUAAAGCUCAGUUGCACGGGGGGUCGUGGUUCACCCACGUACGGGGAUGGCACGAACACAAGGACGACCCCAACAUCUUCAUCAUCUCGUUUGAAGACAUGGUUAAGGAUCUACGCGGGAGCGUGAAGCGAAUUGCAGAUUUCAUGGAGCGCCCACUCAGCGAGUCAGCCCUGGACACCAUCGCAGAGCACUGCACUUUCUCCAGCAUGAAGAAGAACCCGAUGGCCAACUACUCGCUCAUCUCUAACGAUUGGCUAGACCAUAACGUUGGAACGUUCAUGCGAAAAGGCACAGUUGGCAACUGGAAAAGUGAAUUCACCGUGGCGUUGAGUGAGGCAUUCGAUACGGUCUAUGCUAAGAAGAUGGAAGGCUGCGAUUUGAAAUUUAUCUGGGACAUCGCAGAACUGCAUAAAUAAUGUUUUUAUCAAAGCCAGGAGCACUUAACUUUGAUCAAGCUUAGUGCUGUUUAUCAAGCUUUUUGACAGAUUUCCAUUUCUAUUUAGCCAGUAUAAUUUGACUGCAUUAAUCAUUAUUUUACUCAAGAAAUUAUUUUUUAAAUGUACAUUGUUUUUAACUAUUACAUAAAGACGUAAUAGCAUGCUUAAGAGAAAUGUAGCCAAAACAGUUUGUAAAUGUUUGAAUAGGCUUAUAUGUUGUGGCUAAUUGCUUUUUUUUCGUAUAGUGUGGAUUGUGAUUCUGGUCUUAUAGAUUUACUUUAUUACGUCAUAAAUUGCUUUUUAAAUUUGCUUUAUCAAGCAAGAUAGAGUUUCUCUAUUAUGUGAUUAAAUUAUUUAAUUGUCCUGAUAUAUUUGUAUAAAAGCUCAUUUCUUACUAGCCUAUUAUUAGUUCUCAUUUGCUACUUCAUUUGUUUGUGUACGACUUGUAGUCAAUGUCAACCUGUUAUAAAAUAUUCUCUAUCACCUGUUUAAGCACAGUCGUGAGACAGACUGCUGCCGGCAAUCCGAGUUUAUUUUGUAAUGGAUGCGUUACUGGGCAUAUCAUCAUGUUCAGGAGAUAAGGGACACAUCGGGUUGCAGUUAGGGCUAUGGUGAAGCCUAUCCAUCGGCUGCCAAUGUAUUUUUGAGAGCAGCAGCGAGUGCAGCCGGUCCACCCUGUCCAUACUCCCGUCGUGAAUCUAAUGCAGGAUAAAUAGACGACAAAAACAACAAUACAAUCAUUAAAGUUCGGAGACGACGAGUCGGUACUCUGUGUUCUGUCCUCCGGAGAAGUGGGCGACUCCACAAAAGAUAAGCACCGGGGAGUUUGUGAAACGGUGGAACUUCCUUUUCAAUGUGUUCUUCAGAAGGUCAAUUGCGUAUCAACAAGUGAUCAUAAACACCCUCCACGUCAGUAAGAAGUCCGCCCAAAUCUGUGCAGGUCGGGGUCGGAGUCCUAAUUCCUGAUCAGAGGGCACAAUUAUGCGAUUUCAUUCACAAUGACAACAGAGAGUGCUUUCCAGGUGUAAUGACCCAAAUUGACCCCAAGUCAAUGUGCAGCCUCACGGCGAUUCAACGAUAAGCCAAGGUCCCCGAUUGGAGGAAAGAGGCCUCCACAGGCAUUGUUCAGGAAGCAGGCUUUUGAAGUGAUUGGGGGCCGUCCAUAAAUGACGUCACGCACCUAGGGGGGGUGGGAGGUCAGACAUUUGUGACGAUGUGUGACGAGGGGGGGAGAGGGUGAGAAAUGUGACGUCACAUCAAAAUGCACAACUUUAAAUAAAUAUAGACAACACGUUCUACUUAAAUAGACUUUUUAAUAAAUGUUUUAUCCUACAACAUCAGAGUGCAGCGCCACAUUAAAUACGCACUACAAUGACAAUAGUUUAAAGCGAUUUGAAGCAUGUUUAAUUUUCAAAAUGGAAAUGUGUUUUUUUUGGGGAGGGGUGGCAGAGCUUUGUGACGUCAUAUUUCAGGGGGGGUCUGACUUUUUGUGACGCCGUGUGACGAGAGGGGGAGGGUAAAAAAUCGUCCCAAAUCACGUGACGUCAUUUAUGGACGGCCCCUUGGAGGAAACGUUUUUAAUGAGAAUAGGCGGGGAAUAAAUUGGAACCUCGAGGCGACAGUUUGUAUUCGUUAGAGAAAAGGACAGGGAUUGGCUAAGGGAAAUACAGUGAGGGAACAUUCGAGAAAGGGGGCUGAGGGAUCUAUAAAGGGAGAGCACGAGGAGUGGAGAUGUUCGGAGGAAGAUACAAGCUUGAAGACAAGCACGAAACCAAGGGUCCCGAAUUGUGGAAGUCUUCAAAUAAAAGUGGUUCUUCAUAUAACUUAUCACAUCGUUGACCAUCAGAGCCCCCUGCUGGAUAAUAGGGCCACGCCACAACGCCUCUUUUUCUAUGCACGCCUUGUGCCGGCACAGCAAACCAACUUACAUGUGCUAUGAUUCGACCUGAAUGUAUGAUUAAAUUAAUGUUUAACCGUUUAAUUCCAUUGUUGAUUUUCACCACCAAUGUGCCAUCACACGGCCUCGGCUGAUCGCACGCUUUCUCGGAGCGCCUCGAACGCCCGUGCCACCGAUGCACUCACUGCGCUGUGGUGGUCGCGUAUCCAUGUGUGUUCACUGUCGAAAAACUGGAAAACAAAGUAAAACAACGCAAAAAAUGCUAAAGUUGAGUGAGAGAAAAGCAAAUAAACGCCAAAUUCGAGUUUAACAAAAAUAGUCGCUGAAACUGUCGGGAGAAAAAAGCACUGCGGAUGGAGAUGGAGCGAGAAAUGAAUUUGUCACGUAGGCUUUCGCGACCAAUGUCAUGCAUAAUAGAGGUUUUUUUGGGGUUAGAUCGCGUAAAUAUAUAUAUAAAACCAAGUAGUUGGCUGUGUCGGGUGGUGGCGGGUUUUAACGACACAUUUCUAUAUUUACGCGAUCUAACCCCCAAAAAACCUCUAUUAUAAAUGAAUGUAUGCCUGCAGGGAGCGCUGCACUGAUCUUGCACUCAACGUGGCGAGCAGAGCGGCUGGAAAAAUCUCCGGCUGCCGCUGCUGCCAUGCGCUGCGCCCAGGUGGCACCAGAGCCAGCGAGGGUAUUGUUGUUCUGAUCAAUUCAUUAUAUCAGCUGACGUUAAGCCGGCGAGUCAGCAUGAGGUCGGUGACCUGUGCGGCUCUUUAAAAGACGGCUUCGUGACGUGCUCUAUCAAGGACCACCGUCUUGUAUUCACAUGCGAUGCGGCUCUUGAAAUAUUUACGGGAUAUUUUUUUUUUACCGAAUUUGACAAAAAAAAUAGAUUUUCUUGUUAAUGUGGUUGCCGACUCCUGGGUGAGUGGAACAGCGCGGACUUCCAAAAUAAACCCCUCGAUGGGCA